CAGCAGCAGCAGCAUCUUUCUUUAGUCUGUCUCUUCUCAGCGGAGAUACAUCCGAGCACAGGCCGACGGCACACGACCCUACUGCUUCUCUCCCAAACUGCUGGAUCUUACACGCCCUGGAAUUCAACUUACACGCGGAAGUUGAAGGUUCCAUUAUCCAUACUGUAACUCAGUCCUGCAGAAUAUGAUGGAACUGAAGGAUGAUAGGCGGUUCCAUAAUCUAACUCAGGAGCAAGUGGAGACUCUAGAUCAGGUUCUCACUGAGGUCAUUCCCAUUCAUGGCAGGGGCAACUUUCCCACCUUGAAGAUUAAGCCCAAGGACAUAAUUCAUGUUGUCAGAGACAGACUGGUAUCUAAGCAUAUCAAGGUGAGGGAUGUCCGUCUCAAUGGAUCCACAGCAAGUCAUGUCCUAGUCAAGGAGAAUGGGACUAGUUAUAAGGACUUAGACAUUAUAUUUGGUGUGGAGCUUCCUAAACAGGAAGACUUUCAGAUAAUUAAAGAGGUUGUUCUGGGGUGCCUCUUGGACUUUUUGCCACAAGGUGUUAACAAGGACAAGAUCACAGCUCUCACUAUGAAGGAGGCUUAUGUACAGAAAAUGGUUAAAGUCUUUACUGAGUGUGACCGAUGGAGCCUCAUCUCACUCUCCAACAACAGUGGCAAAAAUGUGGAACUCAAGUUUGUUAGCUCUCUGCGGCGCCAGUUUGAAUUUAGUGUAGAUUCCUUCCAAAUAAUCUUAGAUACUAUGUUGGAGUCCUACCUUGAGGCUGAGAGAAGGGAAUCUUCCCCAAGAGAGAUUCCUUCUGUCACAGUAGUGGCAGAAAGCAUGUAUGGAGAUUUUGAGCAAGCCAUGGACCACCUACGUUACAGACUAAUAGCAACACGCAAUCCAGAGGAGAUCCGGGGAGGUGGCCUGCUUAAGUACAGCAACCUACUGGUUAGAGAUUUUAAACCUGCAAGUGAGACAGAAAUUAAAACUCUAGAGCGUUAUAUGUGUUCACGCUUCUUUAUUGACUUUCCAGACGUGAAUGAGCAACAAAGGAAAAUUGAGUCUUAUCUAAGAAACCACUUCAUUGGAGAAGAGAAAAGCAAGUAUGAUUACUUAAUGACACUAAGACGGGUGGUCAAUGAGAGUACUGUGUGCCUGAUGGGCCACGAGCGACGACAAACACUCAAUAUGAUUACCAUUCUGGCUCUCAAAGUCCUGGGAGAGCAGAACAUCAUACCUAACACCAACAAUGUGACCUGCUACUACCAACCAGCUCCAUAUAUGGCUGACCACAACUUCAGUAACUACUUCAUUGCCAAUGGGCAGUCCCCAAUUAUAUAUCACCCAUAUCCACUACAUAUACACAUGCAAACUGGGCUGGUUUAGCAGUGGGUAUAAAUGUAUUCAUGGGAAGCGAUACCUGGUAGAAUUAUAACC